AUGUCUGGUUCGAGACCAGUGCUCCGCGAUGUUGGAUGCCAGCUAUCUUUGCAAGAUUUGUCCAACUCUAGCAUCACCAGCAGCUUGCGUUCGCAGGGGUGUAAAUCUCAGGAAGAGGUAGUAUUGUACAUUACCGCGUGUCAGUCAGUUGAAGACAUCUCUAAAGAUCGCUGGUCUACAGUCAGAGGUGUCAUCUAUCCGAUACACGGAAGAGCUGACACCCCGGUUCAGUCGAGCCUGUUGCGACAAGUAUUAUAUCUCAGUAUUCGGACCACCGAACUUGUUCGUGGAGAUUGGCUGCUAUUUACAGACAUUGUGUACAUAGUAACCAUGAACUUACCUCAAGCAAGAGCUGGUGGUUCAGACGUAAUCCCGGCAAAUAACGUGGUCGCGUCCUGGUUCGAGUGCACGCACCGGACCACGUCCCCCAGAGAUCAGGACAUGUUUAUGAUCAUGGUCAUAACAUUCAAUGCUCUUCAAGCAUUGACAGCUUCUCUAGGCGAGACUACAGUUGUGGAGAAAACCUUCAUGGACAAGAGAGGGAAGCGGGAUAAUCAGUUACUUUUGCAGAUUGGCGAAACUGCGGACGAUGGUGAUAAUCACCGCCGUAUUUGGGGAAGAGUGAAAUGGGCGCGACUUUUAUGUUCCUGGACCCGUGCCGAGGAACAGUUUGAAACAUUUGAUAAGCUGUCAUACGGUGGGGCUGGAUCUUGGAUUCUUGGACGCUGA